UUAGUUUUCGGCUUAAGCUACCAAGCCCAUAAGCAAAGAGUGAGGCAGACAGGGGAGAGGCUCAUUCCUUCUUUCUUCUCUUCUAUCACAUUUCUCUUUUCUCCCUUCUCUUUCUUUUGUUUUUUUUUUCUUCGGAAACCCUAGACUAAGAGGGCAAGGGCGUGUGAGAGAGAGAAAGCUGCACGAGGGAGAUCACCAAAUGCUCAAUCGGUGAGUGAGAGACACUGAGAGAACGAGUUAUGGGGAGUCAGAGAGUAAACGCAGGAGCGGGAGAGCGAGAUACAUGAAAUUCGAACCUAAGGUUGCUGUAAAAGGGAAAACGAACAAGUUCCAUAGCCAAUUGAUGCUCGUUUUGCAUUCAAGCUCGCCACCCCUAAGCUCGCCGUGAUCAGCAAGGUCGUCAUGACUGUCAAUCCGUGCGUUUUGCCACCCCAUGGCCACAACCUAACUCUUCCUCAAAUAGCCAAGUUUCCAGGUUUAAUAUAUUCGACAGAGAAGAUGCUGCCAAGGGCAUUAUUGGCUAGAUUCAUUCAAAAAUCAUCCACCGUUUCUCCUUUCCAAUUCAAUCAACAGAGAGCAUUACAUAGCAGGAAUAAGAAAGCAUUGGAAUUCAUUGCUAAAGGCUGGAAUGCUUUGAAGGAGGUUGAUAGAGUGAUAGAUUAUUGCGAGCUCAAUGAUAAGCGCCUCAUUCCUCUUCUCAGGACUGCUAAGGAGAAUUUUGAGCUUGCUUUGGAAGCUGAUAACACCAAUACCCAUGCUAGGUAUUGGUUGUCCAGAUUGCAUAUGAAGUACCAUGUUCCAGGAGCUAAUAAAGCUGUAGGUGCUGCAUUGUUGGUAGAAGCAGCAGAAAUGGGUGAUCCUGAUGCACAGUAUGCAUUGGGUUGUCAUUUAAGAGUUGAG